AAGGUUACACGAUAUCUCUUUGUAAUCCUCCGAAAGAUUCUUAUUUUUCUCGUGCACUGCAGCUCAUGGAGAUCUUGAGACCGCGCGAAUUUCGCUAGAAACAUUAAUACGGAGGGGUUCAGUCAAAGCCGGACUCCGACAAACAUGGCUUCGCAAGAUACGAGCGCGAGGACCUCCGACUUCCGCUCAAGAUGGGCAUCGAGGCUCAUCAGGGAGAACAUAUUUCAUGAACUGACCAAUCUCACGAAGGAGGUUGAACAUGGCCAGCAGAGGCAGAAUUGCUCGUCAGCGACAUCGCAAGCGAAUCGCCUCCCCUCAUCAGCUCCUCAUUUGAGCGACAUUCUCGACACAAUCCCCACAGGCCCAUUCGACCUCCCGAAAGAUGUUAUACAAGAAUAUGACAGAGUCUCUUCUACCAAAACCGAUGACCUGAGCGCUAAGCACAGAAUCUGCAUCGUCGGUGCUGGCAUUACCGGGCUAUUCAUUGCGAUGAUUCUGGACAGCUUGAAGAUUCCCGGUCUGGAAUACGAUAUCCUGGAAGCAUCGGAUAGAACUGGGGGACGAAUCUACUCCCAUUACUUCUCUGAUAUCCCUCACGAUUAUUACGACAUCGGCGCAAUGCGAUUUCCAGAUAUUGACAUCAUGAAAUCGACGUUCAAGCUUUUCAAGCAAUUAAAUCUUCCACUGAUUCCGUAUUUUCUCGAUCGGAAUAGCGGAGCUGUCAGAUGCCCAACCAUGUACAAUGACAUCACAGUCAUUGACGGCGAGCCGCGCGGCUCUGAUCCGUUUCGCGUGGGCGAAUCGAAUGGUGGCUCGGUCCCUGACACAAAUGUCGAUGACGUGAACAGGCUACUGGAUGGAGUCUAUGAGCCUUUCAAAAAGGCCAUUGCUGAAGAUUUCGAGGAAGGAUUCAAGCUGUUGAUGAGAUACGAUUGCUACACUACACGGGAGAUUCUGAACGCCCCGCCUCCAGCUAAACGUGGACUGAUAUCUCUGAAGGCCUUGGAUUUCUUCAGUGUUCAGUGGUUGGAGACCAAUAACACAGCAAGCGGACUAUUUGAUAAGGCGUUCUCCGAGUCGGUAAUGGACUCUUUCGACUUUGCUGGACCUAAAGAAGAGGCCAUCAGGUGGUACUGCAUCGAUGGCGGAUCCUCACUUCUGAUUCAGGCCAUGGAAAAAACUGUGGAUCGACCUGUACAACAUGGGAAGCGCGUGCGGAAAUACACACAGAAUACAAAGACCAAAGAAAUUACUGUUUCUGUCGCCGGGGAGUCCGAAGGAAGCCGUCUCCCUUAUACUACAAUCUUCAACACAACUAGCCUGCCGUGUCUACAACGAAUGGAUCUGACCAGCCUCGACCUACAUCCUAGUCAGAAGGAUGCGAUCAGAAGUUUGCACUACGACGACAGUGCAAAGGUAGCCAUGAAGUUCUCUUAUCCAUGGUGGAGAACGAGAUGCGGUAUCGCGAGCGGUGGUGAGGCCUCCACCGACAUUCCACUUCGCACAUGCGUGUAUCCGUCUUAUAAUAUCCAUGACCCAGAUGAUCAGCCAGCCACUCUUAUCUGUAGCUACACGUGGGCUCAGGAUGCGACCCGCAUUGGUAGCCUGAUCGCGCCCCAUAACGACGAGCUCCGUGAUUUAAUGCUUGAUAAUCUGGCACGGGUGCAUUUGAAAAACUUCCAACAAAUGGUUCCUACUUCAUAUCAUGGCCUGACUACUCUUGACGAGGUUCGCCAAAUCAUCGGCGAUGCCUACAUAUCACAUCACGCUUGGAGCUGGUCGCACGACCCAUUCACCUCGGGCGCCUUUGCGCUUUUCGGACCUGGCAAAUUCUCUAACCUGUACCCUUAUCUUACACGGCCCGCGGCCGAUAGCCGUUUCCACAUCUGUGGAGAGGCGAGCAGUGGACACCAUGGAUGGGUUGGUGGGAGCCUGGACAGUGCUCUCGCUAGCGUGCACAAGUUCUUGAGAAGAUUCGAUAUGUGGGAAAAGCAACGAGAGUUGAAGAGUCUGUGGGACAUGCCUCCGGAAGUAGAAGACGCUGUCGAUGGCACACUGCAUCUGCAAGUCGCAUUGGGCAUGAUACCAACGAGUGAUUUGGCGCAGCGGAACACCGUCCAACCUAAACAUGAAGACGGGGCCGGGCAGGGUUGCAUCGUCUCAUAG